CCUGAGAUGGUAUAGCCUGGGAUGGGACAGCCUUAGUACAGCCUGGGAUGGUACAGCCUGAGAUGAUACUGCUUGGAAUGGUAUAGCCUGGGAUGGGACAGCCUUAGUACAGCCUGAGAUGGUAUAGCCUGGGAUGGGACAGCCUUAGUACAGCCUGGGAUGGUACAGCCUGAGAUGAUACUGCUUGGAAUGGUAUAGCCUGGGAUGGGACAGCCUUAGUACAGCCUGAGAUGGUACAGCCUGAGAUGGUACUGUAGCCGUGGUAGAAAGUUGAUUUGCGAUGUUCUGCAUUUAUCCGAGUGCCAUCAGGUAGCCUGAUUUCAGAUGUGUCCAUUUAAACAGGAUUAUUAAGGAAAUUGUUUUUAUUUAUUUUUUAUUUAACAUGUAUUUAAGGUAAUUGCAACGCAUGUAAACGUUUUAACCAAACUAUUAUAUUAAUCUGACUAGCCACAAUAUUCGCAUUGUGUGCAUGUAACCGUACUCAGUGUUUCAAUCGGUUUGAAUCAGAUUUGAAUGGUGGAGGAUUAUUGAUAAAGUAAUUAACUAACUGUUCUUCCUCUCCAGUAGAGGGCAACAUUGUUGCGGUUUUUCAAUACAUUUUGUUGACGUGGAUGUUCUUCCGUAAAAUGACGGACAGUGGGUCAGGAGCUGGUAUUCUUCUUUGAUUGGUAGAAAUACAUUAAAUGUAUAUUAUAUAACACAAUCAGAGUUGAGUGCGAACCCCAAAGGCGGGAUUUACCAGUGUACAAGCCAAUCAGUGCCAAGUUAUUAACAUAUGUAGAGUGUUCCGGACGGGCGCACAUGUCAGUAGAGAUAUGAUACUACAUGGCAAGAACAAUAUUUGAAGCAGGGACUUGAAUUGGAAGUAAAACCCAUCGCAAUUAUUGGGGACUGAUCUACAAGUAUAGAUAUUUAACCCGGGACGCCAUGCUCCUCCAUACUGUAGAGAACACAAGAACAUGGAAGAAGCAUCAAAAGAAUAAUAAAAUCAGCAAUCUGAGGAAAGGGACAGAGGAAAACAUUGAAAUGCUGGACAUAUUACCCGAGAGGCACACCUGUCUAGAAGUUGGUAGCACCCUAAAACCCACAGACUCAUGGACUAAUUUGGUUAAAUGUGGAGAAACCCCUAUUGUACAGGGUUCGCUGAUAGCUGCUUCUGGGGACAACGGGGUAGCCAACCUGCAGACUUCAGUAAGCAAAACGCUGGUUGCGGCUGCUUUGAGUGAACGAUGGGAAGUGGACAGUGGGUUCUUGUCUGAGGCCAGCCCACCAGCUAGUGGACACCGUUCUUCCUGCCACAACACGUGCCCGACCAAUGUGGUGGCUAUAGACUGUGAGAUGGUUGGCACUGGGCUAGGUGGGCGCACAAGUGAAUUGGCACGCUGUAGUUUGGUGGAUUACCAUGGCAACGUCCUGUACGAUAAGUACAUCCGUCCGUGCCAGCCUGUGACCGACUACAGGACCCGUUGGAGUGGCAUCCAGAGGCACCAUUUACAGAACGCUCUGCCCUUCCCAGAGGCUAGGACCGAGAUACUACGAAUACUGGAGGGGAAAGUAGUGAUCGGCCACGCUCUGUAUAAUGACUUCCAGGCCUUAGACUUGACACACCCAGGUCACAUGAUCAGGGACACCAGUGGCACGCGUCUGCUCAGACAACUGGCUGGCUUCCCCACAAAGCGCUGCGUCUCACUCAAGAUCCUGACAAACAGCCUCCUAAACAGGAAAAUACAGGUUGGAAGAAAGGGCCACAGUUCAGUGGAGGAUGCUCUGGCUUCUUUGGACCUGUAUAAACUAGUGGAGAGGGAGUGGGAACAGGACAUGCGAGAGAGAAUGAGGGACUGGGACGUAGGCACUCUCCCAGACCCCGCUAUCUCAAACCACUACAUGCAGGACCAAUACUGGCCAGAGGACUUGACUGAGGACAGUCGGUGAGAAGGCUGUAGGACAGUCGGUGAGAAGGCUGUAGGACAGUCGGUGAGAAGGCUGUAGGACAGUCGGUGAGAAGGCUGUAGGACAGUCGGUGAGAAGGCUGUAGGACAGUCGGUGAGAAGGCUGUAGGACAGUCGGUGAGAAGGCUGUAGGACAGUCGGUGAGAAGGCUGUAGGACAGUCGGUGAGAAGGCUGUAGGACAGUCGGUGAGAAGGCUGUAGGACAGUCGGUGAGAAGGCUGUAGGACAGUCGGUGAGAAGGCUGUAGGACAGUCGGUGAGAAGGCUGUAGGACAGUCGGUGAGAAGGCUGUGGGACAGUCGGUGAGAAGGCUGUGGGACAGUCGGUGAGAAGGCUGUGGGACAGUCGGUGAGAAGGCUGUGGGACAGUCGGUGAGAAGGCUGUGGGACAGUCUGUGAGAAGGCUGUGGGACAGUCUGUGAGAAGGCUGUGGGACAGUCUGUGAGAAGGCUGUGGGACAGUCGGUGGGGAUAUUACCCCUGGCCUAGUACUAAGUCAAAAGAUUAAAGUUGCCAAGCCUGGCAGUAUGGUUUAGUCAGUAAGUGUUUUUCUGACUAUGGUUAUUAACUCAAUCAUCCAAGCUGGGAGGGGUUGUCUCUUCAUCCAUUUGGUGUAGCCUGCAGCAUUCAGCCCGGCAGCCGCUGGGGACGAGGUGUGUGUACGUACCCUUUAGCAGACGCUUUUAUCCAAAGCGACUUAGUCAAGUGCGUACAUUUUUGUGUAUGAGUGGCCCUGGGAAUCAAACCCACAAUCCUGGCAUUACAAGCACCAUGCUGUACCAAACCAUACAGAAUCAGUGGGUCAUUGCAACAAAGGUCUGGGGUAGAGUCAAGUGGUUCAAUGUCAAGAAUGGGUACGGUUUCAUUGAUUUUCAAAAUGAGUGGCCUAACAAUGCUCUACCUACAUAGCCCCAGUCACACUUGCAGCUGAAUGAAUUUUGCCGUGUGAAUUCAAAUGGACGCGCACACGUCGACUUUUAUGCCCACAAAGGCACAACAACUCCUCUCAGUUUGAAUGUGGGCAACGGACAUGCAGGUGGUUGCACACCUUUUUGCUAAAAUGGAUGUUAUUGAUGGUUUUUGCACUUGAAACUGAAAUAUGUUGGUAAAAUGUAAGCUAUGCAUCUUAUCCUUUCACGAGGUUGUCUAUGGUAAAUACAUAUAUUAGGAAAUUGGCUUUAUGAGGAAAAUUGUUCAUCUCUAUCAAUGAUUUGAACUGGGAAAGUGGGAGGAAUUAAGAAGCAGGCUUGAUGAUAAUUGGGAAUUCAGCCUGUGUGUUGAGUUUGACGUAACUUGCAGAUACUAUCUUCCAAGACGGCGUAGCAGUGUAGACGUCUUUGUCCUGUCGUGUCCCGUGUCCCUUGUAUAUAUCUUUUUACAUCUUUUUCUUCGCAUAUCUUUUAAAAAUACUUUCUUAAACCUCAACUUCUAAAUACUCUCCUGCAACCCGCCUCACCCAAUGUGGCGUGGAUCUGCUUUUUUUCUAAAGUAUUUCUAUUUACUUCUGAUCUGGAAUCCAUCUACUGAAGAUAGCCAGCUAACUGCCUACCAGCUAUCAGUUAGCAAACCAUUGCUAGCGGUCAUCAGCUAACCUUUAGCUCGGAAAGCUCUCGCUAGUUCGAACAACGUGACUAAAACCAGAGCAUAACGGACCUAUUUCUCUCCAUAUCCCCGGAUUCCUACCGCAAACUCUGAACAUUUUCAUCUGGAUCUUCGCAACUAGCUAACCACAAUCCCGGGUGACCACUCCUGGCUAGCGUUUCCAUCCCGGAGCAGGCACCGGAGCAGGCAUCAAUUAGCCUGAAGCUAAUUGGCUAGGGCUCCUGUGCUACCACUGAAGCCCACUCCUGGGCUACAAGACCCGGACCCAUUUACUGCCGGUACGGAGCACGGAACCCCGCCUAUCCUCUACGACUGGAAUACCGACAUAAUCUGCCCGGGGACUCCAACAGGCCCCUCAGGCGUGACGCCCGCUGAAGGCCCAUUCUGCUAACCUACUAGGCCUGUUAGCUACCUAGAGCUACCUGGAACCCUACUAAUUCCACGACUGGUCUAUCGACGUCACCGCACGAAGAGGCAAAAACAGACUUCCCCCCCCAUCGCGACGUCCCCCAAAGGCUAACUUGCCUGCCCCGGUCUGCUAACUGCUAGCUUAUCUUGCAGCUAGCGCAGCCAGGAAGCUAGCACCAGUUAGCAAACACAAUUCUACAAUUCACAACCUCUCUUUCGCCAUCGCUAUCCGGCUUGGAUUCUCUGUCGACACGACCACGUCUGGUUUGCAGACGUGCCCUCAACCGGUGCCCUCAACCGGCCUCCGUCUGAGCAGACCCCCUCCGUCUGAGCAGACCACCCCCCCGGGCUACUAACUUUAAACGCGUGCUAGCUUAGUGGAGGCCUCACUACUCCAUCUACGGCUGCCCCCUGGACACUAUGAUCACUUGGCUACAUAGCUGAUGCCUGCUUGACUGUCCAUUAAUUCACGGUACUCCAUUCUGUUUAUUUGUGUUUUAUCUGUCGGCUCUGUGCCUUAACUCAGGAUCUGUGUGUAGUUAAUCCGACCCUCUCUGCCCAGUCGUCGCCAUUUUUACCUUCUGUUGCUGUGUUAGCUGACUAGCUGCUGUUAUUUCACCUGCUGUUUUAGCUAGCUCUCCCAAUCAUGACCUGCAAUCACUUUAUGCCUUAUUGUAUGUCUCUCUCUAAUAUCAAUAUGCCUUACAUACUGUUGUUCAGGCUAGUUAUCAUUGUUUUGGUUUGCAAUGGACCCCGUAGUUCCACUCUCCGUACCUCUGAUACCUCCUUUGUCCCACCCCCCCACACAUGCGGUGACCUCACCCAUUGAGACCAGCAUGUCCAGAGAUACAACCUCUCUUAUCAUCACCCAGUGCCUGGGCUUGCCUCCGCUGUACCCGUGCCCCACCAUACCCUGGUCUGCACAUUAUGCCCAGAAUCUAUUCUACCACGCCCAUAAAUCUGCUCCUUUUAUUCCUUGUCCCCAACGCUCUAGGCGACCAGUUUUGAUAGCCUUUAGCCGCACCCUCAUCCUACUACUCCUCUGUUCCUCGGGUGAUGUGGAGGUAAACCCAGGCCCUGCAUGUCCCCAGUCACCCUCAUUUGUUGACUUCUGUGAUCGAAAAAGCCUUGGCCUCAUGCAUGUCAACAUCAGAAGCCUCCUCCCCAAGUUUGCCUUACUCACCGCUUUAGCACACUCUGCCAACCCUGA